CGCGUUACGCGAGGGAUCGCGAUGCAUGUCUCGCGACCAGUGCGAAUAUAUCGUAUUGCGUGAUCGAUGCAGAACACGCAUCAGUAGCCCGUGGAACGGUAAACGAAAUACACGUGUUGCGGUUUCGAUCGUCGGUCCGGAUUCGUCCCUAGACGCGUGGAAAAAUCCUCCGAUCGAGGACGCGUUCUUCGAGGAACGAAAGCUCUGCGCCGGAAGGAUUUAUAUACGAGUGUUUGGCAAGGAAUGAAAGAGUCUGGUUCUCGGAAGAACGAUGACGGACACGUAGCUCGAUCGGAUCGUUAUCGCGACUCCGAGCAGGGAAUAUGGUAUUGGUAAUCGUACUGGGAAGAAAAAUGAGGCUGGGAAUGAAUUGGAAGCUGGCUCUGUUCGGUUUGUCGAUUACGUUGAUUCUGCUGGACGUUUGCGCCGCGAGCAACAGCACCUGGGACAAAAUACGCGAGAAGAAAGCGCGUAUCGUGAAGAAACUGAAGAAGGACUUCCGCAAGCUGAAGAAACAAGAUGGCGCGGUGAAGUUGGUGGGUGGCGAGCACGGUCACGAAGGAAACGUGGAAAUACUUCACGACGGGAAAUGGGGCGGCGUGUGCGACGACGAAUGGGAUUACUUGGAGGCCAAUGUGGUUUGCAGGCAAUUAGGCUUCGACGGUGCAAUUAAACCGACGACGAACGGUCACUUCGGCCAGGCCAGAAGAAGAUAUUGGAUGGACAACGUGUACUGCGACGGCAGCGAGGACGAGCUCUCUAAAUGCAGGUUCGACGGAUGGGGCGCUACCGACUGCGAGGGCAGCGAGGCAGCCGGGGUAAUUUGCGCCCGUGGUGAACAGGACGAGGAGGGGGAGGAGGAGGAGACGAUAACGCGGACGAAGCCCAAAAGGAAGCCGGAGAAGUCGAGGAUCAACGAUAUCCAUCAACAAGGUGUGGCGAUAAGGCUGGCCGGUGGACGUGUCCACUCAGAAGGCAGACUCGAAGUCAAGCUAGGAAACUCAGAUUGGGGUGUCGUCUGCGGCGACGGCUGGUCUCUGUUCGAGGCGGCGGUGGUCUGCCGCCAAUUGGGCCUCGGCUACGCCUCCGACGCCGUCCAGACGAAUUUUUUUGGCGGCCAGAGGAUGCCGAUGGCCAUCAGCGGGGUACAGUGUCACGGGGACGAGAAGAGCCUGAUCGAGUGUCUGCACGACAGGACCGUGGACUGUCCAGGAGUGGCGGAGAACGUGGCCGGCCUGGUGUGCCAUCGUGAGAUGCCCGACCUGGUGUUCGACCACAUCGAGCUGAUGCGAACCGCUCAUCUGGAGGACAGGCAACUCUAUUGGCUGCAGUGCGCCAUGGAGGAGAACUGCGUCGCGUCGCAGGCCUACCAAGUGCAACGGGAGUCGGAGAACUGGCACCUGGAGACCAGGCGACUGCUUCGAUUCACCGCGAGGAUCCUGAACGCCGGGACCGCCGACUUUCGACCCUCUGUUCCUAAACACCUCUGGGAAUGGCACAUGUGUCACAUGCAUUACCACUCGAUGGAAGUGUUCGCAACGUUCGACGUGCUCGACGGGAACGGGACUAGGCUCGCCGAGGGCCACAAAGCAUCUUUUUGCCUAGAGGACAACCAAUGUCUGCCUGGUGUCAAACCGAGGUACAAAUGCGCCAAUUACGGUGACCAAGGAAUUUCUGUGAACUGCAGCGACGUGUACAAGCACAAUAUCGAUUGUCAGUGGGUGGACAUAUCCGAGCUUCGGCCUGGACAAUACACUUUCAAGGUCGCAGUGAAUCCGGAGUUCAAAGUGGGCGAGAUGUCGUUCGACAAUAACGCAGCGAUUUGUCGUUUGCUCUACACGGAAACUUUCGCCACUGUGCACAGUUGCGUCAUGGGUCGGCCUUGACACGAGCCGUUAUAAUAAUGGCGCGUUGUGAUUCUACGAGGGGGGUAGGGGGGGAAGAAGCGCAAAAAGAACAGAAGAAAAACCGAAGAACCGAACCCCGAUGCACGUUCGUUAUCGUCAGCUUGUUAAUUAAAAUCCAUCUGCUUUUCGCGCGACGCUACGUAAACAAUAAAUCUCGCUCGAAUUAAUCGUUCUGUGUCCUUAAUUGCCGCGCCAUUUCGGUCACAGUCGUCGAGAAAAACACUCGACGGAAUAACGGAGGCGCGCGCUCUCUCGUCGAGACUUUUGCUGUUCUUCGAUAUUCGAUAGAGCGCGAAUACGAAAACCGAUGUCAACAUUUUCUUCGCUUUGAAGCCCUUCGAAUUUCGAGACCUCGUUGGGUCUAUAAAUAGAAUAAAUGUUCCGUUGAUAUAUGGAAUCCGAUUUAGAUCAUUUUCGAUGCAAGCUUCAUAGUAAUAUAAUAAUAAUUAUAAGUAGCAACGAGUCUACAGGGUUUAAAUUUAAUAUUAAUAUUUUACGAUAUUCUACAUUUGUUAAUGAAAUGUUUGAAGAUGACAAAAACGUGAAUAAUGUUAUGCAGCUUGCUAAAAACUUCACCGAAGUUAAUUAUUAAAGAUCUAAUUUCUUAAUGUGCUUUUUCAAUUACACGGUACUAACUAA